CUACCAUGAGACCAUUAUUUGAACUGAGAACCGAAAAUCAUUCCGUUAUGGACCAGUCCUGGUCUUUACGAAGACCGAUCCAUCAUUACAAAAAGUACUUUAAAACGUAUGAAUAUGUUAUUCGGGCAAUUGAGGAUAGAAGAUCACAGUGA